CAAGGCUUGAUGAUGAAGUGAGGUUUGCUUCUCCUGACGAUCUCAGAGAAUGGGAACUUGAGACCGCGAGCCAGGUGUCCUUACCCACUGUCCGAGUCUUUGUGGCACUUUACCCAUACAACCCUGCUGCAAUGUCUCCCAACCAUGAGACAGCUGCUGAGGAGCUGCCAUUUGUACCAGGCCAGAUAAUCAAGGUGUUUGGAGACAAAGACUCUGAUGGUUUCUAUCAUGGUGAGUCCGGUGGUCUCUCUGGUUAUGUGCCAAGUAACAUGGUGGCUGAGAUCCCAGUGGAUGAUGAUUACCUGAAGCAUCUACUCAUGCAGCAGGGAUUCCUCCCUGUGGACCACACAGGUAUGUCUCCAACCCCAGAGCUGAGUGACAUAGCCAGUAUCCCUGAUGAUGUGGUUGUUCGACGAAUGGUGGCCUUGUUUGACUAUGAUCCAUGGGAAAGUUCUCCCAACAUGGACAGUGAAGCUGAACUUGGCUUUCGUUCAGGAGAUAUCAUAUAUGUGUUCGGUGACAUGGAUCAAGAUGGAUUUUACUCUGGGGACCUGCAUGGACGAAGAGGUUUAGUUCCAUCCAACUUCCUGCAGCCGCUACCCUGGGAUUAGGACGAAACGCCAUGCUAGGAUGUUUGCUACAAAUGCCAAGUCUCAGACACAGUGAGAAAUCAGUUUUUAUAAAAAAAAAAAAAAAGAAAAAGAAAAAUAUUUUUUUCAUUUUUAUUAUGCAUAUUAUGGUACAACACUGCACCUGCUUUAGAUGGCAAAUCAAUGAGGGUUUAUGUAAAUACGCAGUUAAUUAAACUAAUAUUGAUCAUGAUGCUGCAAAGUGAAAACUCUUCUCGUCAUGCAGUUCUCAGUUAGUUCAUUUAUUGAAAAUGUUUACAGAAAAUUUACAAUUAAUACAUAUUUUAAAAAUCCAAAACGUUUAAAAGUCACGUGGACUCACUUUUCACAAAAAGACCAACAAGAGCCAAAGACUGAAUUUACUAAAUGAAAUUUCAUACAUGCUGUAUGUCUGUAAAUGUAUUAAUAUGAACAUAUAGUAUUUCAGUCAUACCUGACGGCAAAUGAUAGAUUAUUUUAGCCUUAAUAAUACACUUAUAGUCUCAAUUUUGUGCAGACCAGAGUGUAUUAAUAUAGUAUGUCCGUAUUUGCCUUACAGCCUGUUUAUAUAUUUUCUAUAAUUGGCUUUUAGUCUUUUCAUAUGGAGUAAUAAGAAGAAAAUAUUUUUCAGUUUCAGUUUUAAAGCAAUUUUUAAGAAAAAAAAAUACAACAGAAACUUUGUAUGAAGAAAGAAAUUAAUGCUAUAUUGAUGUUAUCAA